UCCAAGGAGACCGGCUUGUGACCACCGAACAGAACUUGUGCACGGAGAGCAAACCCGGAGCAGCUGGAUAAUGUCCACCCCGAGCAGAUUCAAAAAGGACAAAGAGAUCAUCGCCGAGUAUGAAAGUCAAGUGAAAGAAAUUCGAGCUCAGCUUGUAGAACAACAAAAAUGCCUGGAACAGCAAACGGAGAUGCGCGUUCAGCUCCUCCAGGACCUGCAAGAUUUCUUCCGGAAAAAAGCUGAAAUUGAGACGGAAUAUUCUCGGAACCUAGAGAAGUUAGCAGAAAGGUUCAUGGCAAAAACAAGAAGCACCAAGGAUCACCAACAGUACAAGAAAGACCAGAACCUGCUAUCUCCCGUGAACUGCUGGUAUCUGCUCCUGAACCAAGUGAGGCGAGAGAGCAAGGACCACGCCACCCUGGGCGACAUCUACCUAAACAACGUGAUCACUCGGUUCACGCAGAUCAGCGAGGACUCCACACGGAUGUUCAAGAAGAGCAAAGAGAUUGCAUUCCAACUUCAUGAGGAUUUAAUGAAGGUUCUCAAUGAGCUAUAUACGGUGAUGAAAACGUACCACAUGUAUCACGCGGAGAGCAUCAGUGCAGAGAGCAAGUUGAAGGAGGCCGAGAAACAGGAGGAAAAGCAGAUGGGGAGGUCUGGGGACCCCGUGCUCCACAUGAGGCUGGAGGAGAGACAUCAGCGGCGCAGCUCCGUGAAGAAGAUCGAGAAGAUGAAGGAGAAGAGACAAGCGAAAUACUCAGAAAAUAAGCUCAAAUCAAUCAAGGCCCGAAACGAGUACCUUCUGACGCUGGAAGCGACCAACGCCUCAGUUUUCAAGUAUUACAUUCAUGAUCUCUCAGACCUAAUCGAUGUGAUUAAACUGGGGUAUCACUCAGAAGACGCCAGAGUGUUAAAAACNUACCUCUCUGCAGAGUAUAACCUUGAAACCUCCAGGCACGAGGGCUUAGACAUUAUCGAGAAUGCCGUGGACAACUUGGAGCCCAGGAGUGAUAAGCAGAGAUUCAUGGAGAUGUGCCCGGCCGCUUUCUGUCCCCCAGUGAAGUUUGAGUUCCAGUCCCACAUGGGUGAUGAGGUGUGCCAGGUCAGCGCCCAGCAGCCCGUCCAGGCGGAGCUGACGCUCAGGUACCAGCAGUUGCAGUCCCGCCUCGCCACACUCAGAAUCGAGAAUGAGGAGGUGAAGAAGACUACCGAAGCCACCUUGCAGACGAUACAAGACAUGGUCACCAUUGAGGACUAUGACGUUUCUGAGUGCUUCCAGCAUAGCCGCUCCACAGAGUCCGUGAAGUCCACGGUCUCCGAGACCUACCUGAGCAAGCCGAGCAUCGCCAAGAGGAGAGCGAACCAACAGGAGACCGAGCAGUUCUACUUCACGGUGUGUCCCGGCUCCCAGCCACAGUGCACAGAGCCAGGUCACAGAGCAGAGUAUAUGACCACGAGCCGAGGACGGAGGAGCUCGCACGCGAGGCACCAGGACUCGGGGCAGGCCAUCCCCCUCAUCGUGGAAAGCUGCAUACGGUUCAUCAAUCUCUAUGGUCUUCAGCACCAGGGGAUUUUCAGAGUCUCGGGGUCCCAGGUGGAAGUCAAUGACAUUAAAAAUUCAUUCGAGAGAGGUGAAAAUCCUUUGGCUGAUGACCAGAGUAACCAUGAUAUUAACUCAGUUGCUGGCGUUCUAAAGCUCUAUUUCCGUGGGCUGGAAAACCCCCUCUUUCCUAAGGAAAGAUUUAAUGAUCUGAUUUCUUGUAUCAGAGUGGACAAUCUCUAUGAGAGGGCGCUGCACAUACGCAAACUCCUCCUGACCUUGCCCCGGUCCAUCCUGACAGUGAUGAGGUAUCUCUUCGCCUUCCUCAACCACCUUUCCCAGUACAGUGAUGAGAACAUGAUGGACCCUUAUAACCUGGCCAUUUGCUUUGGCCCGACAUUGAUGCCUGUCCCAGAAACACAGGACCAAGUGUCUUGCCAGGCUCAUGUGAAUGAAAUUGUCAAAACCAUCAUCAUCCACCACGAAACUAUUUUUCCAGAUGCAAAGGAGCUCGAUGGCCCCGUCUAUGAGAAAUGCAUGGCUGGCGACGACUACUGCGACAGCCCAUACAGUGAGCACGGUACCUUGGAGGAAGUGGACCAGGAUGCCGGAACAGAGCCCCAUACCAGCGAGGAUGAAUGUGAGCCAAUAGAAGCAAUAGCCAAGUUUGACUAUGUCGGGCGGUCAGCCAGAGAACUGUCCUUCAAGAAGGGUGCCUCCCUGCUGCUGUUUCACCGCGCGUCCGAGGACUGGUGGGAAGGCAGGCACAACGGCAUCGACGGGCUGGUGCCCCACCAGUACAUCGUGGUGCAGGACAUGGAUGAUACAUUCUCAGACACUCUGAGCCAGAAGGCUGACAGCGAGACCAGCAGUGGGCCGGUCACGGAAGACAGGUCCUCAUCCAAGGAUAUGAACUCCCCGACAGACCGUCAUUCUGAUGGGUAUUUAGCUAGACAAAGAAAAAGAGGAGAACCACCCCCUCCAGUGCGGCGUCCUGGCAGGACCAGUGAUGGCCACUGCCCCCUCCACCCCCCACACGCCCUUUCCAACUCCUCAGUUGACCUGGGGUCCCCGAGCCUGGCCAGUCACCCACGGGGCCUGCUCCAGAACCGCGGCCUCAACAGCGACAGUCCUGAGAGGAGGCGCCGGCCCGGCCAUGGCAGCCUGACCAACAUCAGCCGGCACGACUCGCUCAAGAAGAUGGACAGUCCUCCCAUUAGGAGGUCCACGUCGUCAGGGCAGUACACGGGCUUCGGCGACCACAGGCCGCUGGAUCCGGAGACGAUUGCCCAGGAUAUCGAGGAGACGAUGAACACGGCUUUGAGUGAACUGCGAGAGCUGGAGAGGCAGAGUACGGCCAAGCACGCCCCCGACGUGGUGCUGGACACCCUGGAGCAAGUGAAAAACGCGCCCGCCCCUGCCACCACCUCGGAGGCUCUCAGCCCCCUGCACAACGUUGCCCUCAGGGGCUCCGAGCCUCAGAUCCGCCGGAGCACCAGCUCCUCCAGUGACGCAAUGAGCACUUUCAAGCCCAUGGUGGCUCCCCGCAUGGGCGUGCAGCUGAAGCCGCCCGCACUUAGGCCGAAACCUGCUGUUCUUCCAAAAACAAACCCCACCAUGGGACCCGCCCCACCUUCCCAGGGUCCCACGGACAAGUCUUGCACCAUGUAAAACCAGCUGAGCGGUCACAAAGGGAAGAGGCUUAAGGAAGAAAGCAGAUUAGUGACGGACGUCAACAGCCCAGACGUCCCCUAGUCCUGUGCUGUGACCGGAGAGCUUUGGCUUUUCUGUGUUGUCGAAUGUGAUGGCGGAGCCUGGCUAA